AACGAGGGGAAGGAGUGAGUGAGUGUGUGUGUGAAGGAGUAAGAAAGAACGAGGAAAAGAGGGAGUGUGUGUACAUGUACUGGAGGAGAAGACAGUGUUAAGUUAGGAUUUAAAAGAAACGGAAUUGUUUUUUUUUUAGUGUGAGUGGAAAGAGAGAGAAAGAAAAAAAAAACCCACAUCAGGCAGUGUGAAAGAGCGGCGCGCCAACGGGAGUGAAGAUUUUCGCUUAUUUUGUGUUUUUUUUGGAGCUGUUAGAAUAAAAAAAGAGGGACGCGGGUUGUUAAGUGACGCUGAUCUGAUGAUCAUGACGGCAGCUGUCGAUAUGAAACCGACGUUAACAAUCAUAAAGGCUGAAAAAAUGGACGAAGUGCAGCCAGUGUCAUCUUAUCCAAGGCCUGCCUUCUUUCUCUCCAGUGGAGAUCCGGAGUGUGGAGACGUCCCCCUCCUGACUCCAGGAAGUAAAGAGAUGAUGUCCCAGGCUUUGAAAGCCACCUUCAGCGGCUUCACAAAGGAGCAGCAGCGGCUGGGUAUUCCCAAAGAUCCCAGACAGUGGACAGAAAACAAUGUGGCAGAGUGGCUAACUUGGACAGUUAAUGAGUUCAGUCUGAAGAAUGUUGACUUUGAUAAAUUCUGCAUGAAUGGAGCAAACCUUUGUGCGAUGGGGAAGGAACGCUUCCUGGACUUAGCACCCGACUUUGUGGGUGACAUCCUUUGGGAACAUUUAGAAAUGCUUCAGAAAGAGGAUACAAAGCAUUACUCCAUCAAUGGACUGACCUCCAACUUCCAGGAAUCCCGUUAUACCUCAGACUACUUUGUCAGCUAUGGUGUUGAGCAUGCUCAAUGUGUCCCUCCUUCUGAAUACUCAGAGCCCGGCUUCAUCACAGAGUCUUACCAGACGCUUCAUCCCAUCAGCUCCGAGGAACUGCUGACGCUCAAGUACGAGAGCGACUACCCCGCCGUCAUCCUGCGGGACACGCCCCUCAACCCGCUGCAGGGGGACUACUUUUCCGUCAAGCAGGAGGUGGUAUCCCCCGACAACAUGUGUGUGGGACGCCUCAGCAGAGGUAAGCUCGGUGGUCAGGAUUCAUUCGAGAGCAUUGAGAGCUUCGAGAGCUGUGACCGACUGACCCAGUCAUGGAGCAGCCAGUCUUCAUUCAGCAGCCUGCAGCGGGUACCGUCAUACGACAGCUUCGACUCGGAAGACUACCCCACCGCCUUGCACGGCCACAAGCCCAAGGGCACGUUCAAAGACUAUGUGAGGGAGCGCUCAGACCUCAGCAAGGAUAAGCCCGUCAUCCCAGCAGCAGCACUGGCAGGAUAUACAGGCAGUGGUCCCAUCCAGCUGUGGCAGUUUCUUCUGGAGCUGCUGACCGACAAGUCUUGCCAGUCCUUCAUCAGCUGGACAGGCGACGGCUGGGAGUUCAAGCUCUCUGACCCAGAUGAGGUUGCCCGGAGGUGGGGAAAGAGGAAAAACAAGCCCAAGAUGAACUAUGAAAAGCUGAGCCGCGGCCUGCGUUACUACUACGACAAGAACAUCAUCCACAAGACGUCAGGGAAACGCUACGUCUACCGCUUUGUCUGUGACUUAAAAAGCCUGCUGGGCUACACUCCUGAGGAGCUCCAUGCAAUGUUGGACGUAAAGCCAGACACAGACGAGUGAAGCAGAGAAAGAAGGCGGCGAAGACAGGAAUUCAAGACGCCACAUUGACUGUGGCUCAUAAAGUGGUCUUAACUGUUUGAUAGAGUCAGUACACCGUUUUUCUUUUGGGGACCAAAAAAUGUUUUGAGUGAAUAAUUGUGGUCUUUAUCAACUUCAAGCUCCUGUGUCUCAGGACCACGUUUUAAGAAAGAAGGCCCCCAUGCCAAAGGCCUGUAAUCAUACCCUGUUGCAUUUGAGGUGUGUGUGUGUGCGCGCAUGUACGUGUGUGUGUGUGAGUGAGUGAGUAUGUGUGAUUAUGUGCUGGUAUAAUUUAGCAGUUCAAGGCAGAUGGAGCGCUGUGGGGUGGAACUCAGGUUCUGUUCCAGUCCUGAGUAGCACAGCAGGGAGAGAAAGUGACCAAGAAGGAGAGUCUAAGGAAAACAUGAGACAAAGAGCAAAAAUAAAAUUGUUCAUUAUAUCGCUGGGGUAAACAGAGAGCAGGUAGGAAGAUCUUAUAUUUAAAAAAAAAAAAAAGGUUGCCAAAUGUAAAAUUGGUAUAGAGGAAAGUGUAGUGUUGGCAAUCCCCCGCUGUUUCUCUUUUUAGCAAAGUGAGAUUUUUCAGCUUGGACCAAAAAAGUGUUUUUUUUUGUUUUUUUUUAUAGGAGCAUAUGAUUGUGCCAGUAUUAUAUUAUAAACAUUGAGAACACACAAUGUUAACAGGCAAAUAUCGGAAUGAGUGUUUUUUUUUUUCUUAUUUUGUUAAUGAAGGUAUACCAGUGGAACCAAAACACAAGUUGCCAAGUUGCCAAGUUCAACCGUUCUCGAGGAGACCUUUAAGUGAAAAAUGUGCUGAUUGGUUAUCAGACCAACACUAGAGACACUGGCCCUGCUCUUUGUCAGGUGUGAAGGACCCCGGUGAGAUGACUCAUACCCAGACUGUCUGAUAGACACACAACUGAAAGUAGCCGUUGUGUUUUUGAAACUGACGCUUUUACCUUUACAUGUUUUUCCACCUUGAUAGAGACGCAUAUUGUGACUGAAACAUAUGCAUUUUUUUUGCAUAUACCACCAGUAUUAGCAAACUGUAGACAAUCUAUGUGGGGGAGGGGGGGGGGGGAAUUCAGGAGUCUUUGGCGAGUAUUUGUUUCAUGUGCAGAUUAUUAUGCAUCACUUUUGUCAGUUCACUGUCCAUGUUUGUGUUGCUUUUAAAGUGUUUGAAUAGUCUUAAGUCUGUCUGAAUACAUAUAUCAUAAACUCAAAGGAGUCAAAGGAGUCAUUUUACUAAGUCCUAAGAAUGUCAGCUUUUUUUUACAUUUUUUCAUGCCAUGCAUUUUGGUCACAGAGCAGCUGCAGUGUAAUAUGGCAGUGUAGAGUAGGGCAAACAGUGGGAAGAUGUUGGAAGAUGUUGACUAGAUAGAUAUGACUGUGGAGUCUUGUUGAUUCUGCAGGUGAGGAUCACUCGCGAGGUCUGACACAGAAGAAUGACUGAAAGAAACGAUGCAAGUUGGCACUGCUUGAAGGUUUCAUAUGAAAAUGGUUUUCUGAUGCAAAUGUAAUUACGGUUAAAUAGAAACAUCAAGGACUAGUGGCAGACAUUGGUAUGACAUGUUCGAGGUGUAUUCAGUGAAUUGUUGGUAACUUGUACAGCUUGCUCAGAAGACAUGCACACAGAUGCACUGGUUACAAUCUGAAGCAUUACACUCGGCUGCAGUUUCCUCCCAACAGUGGGAAAAGUUGGCUGCACACUGGCCUUUUGGGAAAUGCCAAAGUGGAAUAUCAUCUUAGAAUACAAUGUUAUUGUUUACAGUGAAUGUUACCCAUAUGGAUGAAAAUAGCGUUUGAGAUGUCUAUUUGUACAGAUUGUAUUUCAUAAUGCUUUAUUGAGAACCGGAUUACACAAAUAAGCAAGAGACAAAGCAGGAAUAAUAACCAAAACCCCAUGUGAGGUCUUUGGUCAUGGUGCUGUUUCGGUAUCGUCCGCAGCAUCAGAACACAGGGACCAGGAAUCUCUCUCAUUUUAUUUUUUUUGAAAGUGUUGACUUUUCUUUUCAUCUUUUGUUCACAUUAAAAAGCACAUGGCAUGAGGACACUGGGUGACCAUUUUUUUAAGCAAUGACUCAAAAAAAAAACCCUCACCGUUCUUGUCAUCUGACAAAAUAAGAGAAAUCCAUUCAUGAGUUAGUUAUAAGCUGCACUGUCCUUUCCAUUCCUUUCUGCUUGUUUUGUUUUCUUCAGGUUCUGUCAGUGUCGUAUGCUUCAGAGAGCUUUACUGAUUUUUUUAAAAACAUGCUAGUAAAGGUUGUCAGUAUACAAAGGUCAGAAUAUUUUUAUGUUUGGCUUCAUACAGUUAAUGUGGCUUUAAAAAGAUCUGUUACCGAAAAUGUUAAUAUUUGAAAAGUUAUUUUGUCAGGAAAAUGUACUAUUGUUAAAAAGUCACAGAUUACAAUCUACUGCAGGUCUGAUGUAUUACUGAACCUUAGUCGGGCAAAUGUAUACAAACAGGUAGUUUGUGGCAUAUACAUAUCUCAGAAUGGAUUCAGAAGGAAAACUUUUUUUUUUUGUAUAUUUUAUAGUGUCUUUGUAUUUUUGUUAUGAGAUCAUUUUUAUUGUAUUUAGUUCACGAACAUUUUGAAUAUUUUUCAAUAAUUUAUAUUUUAUAAAAGACAAGAGUCGCAGACAGCUGGUGCUUACAUGGGAAUUUAAAAAAAAGGUAGCGCAGGACAAAAUAAUGUAGCAAUUUUUUUUUUUUUUUUUUUGUUUCUGUUUUUUAUUUUUUAUUAUUUUUGAUACAGAAAAUAGACCUGUCUGCUCGAGAGAGAGAACAAAAGGCUGAUGCUGGCCCAUCAAUGAUUUCUGCUGGAAAGGUUUUAUAAACUGUAGCUUCUAUUUCUAAAAUGUACUUAAUGUACUUCAAAAUGUUAUAAAAUAUAUGUGAACAAAGA